AUGAGAAGUCUAGUGUGUCUGCUCUUUGUAGCUUUGGCCAGCGCUAAGGUCUACCAACGCUGUGAAUGGGCCCGAGCGCUGAAGGAGCAUGGGAUGGACGGCUACUAUGGCCACAGCUUAGCUAACUGUGAGUAUGAAUCAGGCGUCUAUUCUGUUUCCUUUGCAGGGGUUUGUCUGAGCAAGUGGGAGUCAGAUUACAGCACCGCAGCCACCAACCACAACACCGACGGAUCCACUGACUACGGCAUCUUUCAGAUCAACAGCCGCUGGUGGUGUGACGACGGCCGCACCCCCCACACCGCAAACGCAUGCAACAUCAGGUGCAGCGAACUUCUGACCAAUGAUGUCAGUGUGGCGAUCAAUUGUGCCAAGCGUGUCGUUAGGGAUCCCAACGGCAUCGGAGCAUGGGUGGCCUGGCGCCGUCACUGUGAGAACCGCGACCUGAGCUCCUAUGUGUCAGGAUGUGGUCUUUAG